ACAGGCAUAGUACAGUGAAAAGCGGAACGGGUGUCGCGGGCCUGGUUAUGUAAUGAAUAUACACAUAUCCAGCGCUUGGGCACUACGCCUUCCCUCCAUCUAGUAUUCGCGAUUUUCAACGAGAAAGGACCUCUACAUGCAAGUCAGAGAAGCUACACUCCUUGUUCCGUGCGACUCGCGGCUCUGCGGCUGAGCUCGCCGUACCCCGCAGCUGCAGCCUGGUGCGAGCCUGAUCAAUCAGUACUCUUCGCAGCCACUGUCAUGAUGUCUUCUUCACCUCAUGAAGCAUGGCCUUCUUAGCAAUCGCCAGAUUGAUUGACAUCUUGCAGGCCUGACCAUGCGGCUCCUACAAUGCGACGACACCGGCGCGUAUAGCCUUACGCCAGACCUCCCUUCCGACGAUGUGCCCCCUUAUGCGAUCCUCUCCCACACCUGGGGACCGGACGAGGUAGUCUUCGCCGACCUUGCGAAGGCGCCAGGUGAUUGGCAGCACAAAGACGGCUACGGAAAGAUUCGGUUCUGUGCUGAGCAAGCAAGACAACACGGAUUGCGAUACUUCUGGGUUGAUACAUGCUGCAUCGACAAGUCUGACGCUAUCGAGCUUCAGACUGCGAUUAACAGCAUGUUCCGGUGGUAUCGCGAUGCAAAACGAUGCUACGUCUACCUUUCUGAUGUCUCUAAGCCCGCGGCUUUUGGCCAGCAUCAUACGCUUACGCUAUGGGAGGAGGCAUUUCGAAAGAGCAGAUGGUUUACCCGUGGAUGGACGCUCCAAGAGCUCAUCGCCCCGAAGACAGUCGAUUUCUACUCGAAGGAGGAGGUUUGGCUAGGCGACAAGCGGUCGUUGGAGGCUUUGAUACGCGACAUCACAGGAAUUCCUUCGAAUGCUCUCCGUGGUACACCUUUGGCCGAUUUUACCAUCUCGGAACGAGAGGCAUGGGUCCGCGACCGUCAAACGAAAUACGAUGAAGAUGUGGCCUAUUCGCUUCUAGGGAUCUUCGGCGUAUACUUAUUGCCAAACUAUGGCGAAGGGAGAGAUAACGCACAGAGACGUUUGCGAGAAGAGGUCCAGAAAGUUGUAAAAGGAACCGGUAUGAACGAUUUCUCCGUUGCCUUCAGUCUAUCCGAAGCCCCCGAGAUCCAACAUUUUGUGGCAAGAGAGGAGGAAAUAGCAGAGAUGCGCACACGUUUACACUCGGAUGGAAGCCGUCGCUCCGUUAUUCUCCACGGCCUCGGCGGCAUUGGCAAAACACAGCUGGCUGUAGCAUAUACGAAGCGGUAUCGAGAUGAGUAUUCUGCUAUAUUCUGGUUCAAUAUCAAGGAUGAAGCCGCUAUUCAACAAAGCUUUACGAAAGUCGCGAGGCAGAUUCUACAACAACAUCCUCACGCCGACCGAUUAAGUACACUAGACUUACAGCAAAAUCACGAGGUGGUCGAAGCAGUGACGACCUGGUUCAGCUUGCCAGGCAAUACGAGGUGGCUUCUUGUAUAUGAUAACUACGAUAACCCGAGGUUGGCUGGUCGUCAGGACGAUACGACGAUUGAUAUAAUCCGGUUUCUUCCUCAAGCGUACCAAGGCUCGGUUAUUAUUACGACGCGAUCGUCACAAGUCAGCAUAGGCAAUCAAAUCCGACUCAAGAAGCUUGAUUCAAUUGACAAGAGUCUCCAGAUUCUGUCAACAACCUCAGGCCGAUAUGACUUGCAGGACAACAUUCAUGCUCGAAAUCUUGCUGAAGAACUUGACGGACUUCCUCUUGCACUUGCCACGGCUGGAGCUUACCUAAGGCGUGUUUCAAUCAGUUUUGCGGAUUACCUUCGUCUUUAUAAAGACUCAUGGGCCAGACUCCAUGCAAGCACGCCGACUUUAGGCUCUUACCAAGACCGGACACUCUGCUCUACGUGGCAACUUUCGUACGACCAAAUCCAAGGACAAAACCGACUCGCAGCUCAUUUACUCCAAUGGUGGGCCUAUUUCGACAAUGAAGAUAUAUGGUUCAAACUCCUCCAACCUGAGGAUCAAAAUGGGCCGGCGUGGAUAUACGAUUUGGCUGAUGAACUCGAAUUCAACAGUGCUCUAGGCACACUAUAUGACUACGGCCUUGCCGAAACGCAUAUAUCGACAGAUAAAUCUCUCGGAUCAACAGGAUACAGCAUUCAUGCUUGCGUACAUAGCUGGACUAUUAAUGUGUUGAACGAAGAUUGGGACGUUGAUUUGGCUAAGCUUGCGCUAGAAUGCGUAGCUGCGCGCGUUCCAUCACAGGACGAGCUUCAAUUCUGGGCACUUCAAAGGCGACUUCUCUCACAUGCCACAAAAUGUGGCGCUGGGGUGCGGGAUAGCGAUGAAGGAAUAGAAUGGGCAUUGUGUAGCCUAGGGAACCUUUACUCCGACCAAGGCAAGAUGCAAGAGGCCGAAGACAUGUACUUACGGGCGCUUCGAGGGUACGAGAAGGCGUGGGGACCGGAUCAUACGUCGACACUCUCCACGGUUAAUAACCUAGGGAGCCUUUACUCAAGCCAAGGCAAGAUGCAAGAGGCCGAAGACAUAUACUUACGGGCGCUUCGAGGGAAGGAGAAGGCGUGGGGACCAGAUCAUGCGUCGACACUCGACACGGUUAAUAACCUAGGUCGCCUUUACUCAAGCCAAGGCAAGAUGCAAGAGGCCGAAGACAUGUACUUACGGGCGCUUCGAGGGUACGAGAAGGCGUGGGGACUAGAUCACACGUCGACACUCUCCACGGUUAAUAACCUAGGGAGCCUUUACUCAAGCCAAGGCAAGAUGCAAGAGGCCGAAGACAUGUACUUACGGGCGCUUCGAGGGUACGAGAAGGCGUGGGGACCGGAUCAUACGUCGACACUCUCCACGGUUAAUAACCUAGGGAGCCUUUACUCAAGCCAAGGCAAGAUGCAAGAGGCCGAAGACAUGUACUUACGGGCGCUUCGAGGGUACGAGAAGGCGUGGGGACCGGAUCAUACGUCGACACUCUCCACGGUUAAUAACCUAGGUCGCCUUUACUCAAGCCAAGGCAAGAUGCAAGAGGCCGAAGACAUGUACUUACGGGCGCUUCGAGGGUACGAGAAAGCCAUAGAUCCUCGAACUUUCCCAAUAUAUCGACCAGCAAUUAAUACUAUAUGGAACUUAGGGGAACUGUUUCGAACUCAAGACAAACUAGCUAAUGCUAAGCAACUCUAUAUACAAGCUCUCACUGGUUUGGAAAGGUUGUAUAAAACUUCACAUCCAGACGUCCACGCAUUGCGAGAAGUUUUAUCAGAACUGGAUGAGGCAUUAUUAGUUAAAUCAGUGGUGUCUCGCUCAGUCUUCGAAAAUUCAGCAUCGGCGCAAGUAUCGGACAAAACCACGUUAGCUAAAUCUCCGAAAAUAAGACGACGAGAUGCAGUCAAAAAGAUGUUCCAUAUCUUUACUAAAUAGACUGAAAAUAAUGAAAUUUGCAAAUUACUAAUACCC